GAUUCGUUGGCCAGCCACGGAAACACGAGUCAUAACUACGUGACAUAAUGAAACUUGUCGCGCCAGACUCUGGCAUACACCAGUUUAUUGGAUACUGGAAUGUUCGUUAGACACUAAGACUUUUAUGUGCUCUUUGUGACGCGUAACGUCGAACGAAUCUCGUGCAUAUUGUGCUGCAUGUAUAAUUCCACUGUUGCUUGCCUUAUUAUGCAUUUCUGAAGGAUUCAAGUAGAUAUAGUUACAUGUGGAACAGAACAGUGGAUUAAAAAUCCUGCAAAGACAUCUAACAAUAAAUGACUUUAAGUGUACUUUAUGUUGGGAUUUUAAAACACUGUUGUUUAUCGUAAAAGUAAAAGUUCCUACUAAAUUUCAUGAAGUAUCAACUGGUCGCGAGCGCGCGCCGCUGACAGAAGAAGAAGAAGAAGAAGAAGAAGAAGAGGGAUUUGCCUUCGCCGCUUUACCGGAUUUACCGAGACACCUCGUGAAACACGCCCAUGUUUGA